AUGGUGUCGCAGAUAGACGUAGCCUUGGCCACGAGGACCCCUCUGCGCAUCGGUGCUGACUUCCAUCUACUUGCUGCUCUCUCAAUGCUGUUCCCUACAGACCUUUCCCUGAGAAAGUCGCUUGGACUUGUUGGCGCUGAGGCCAAGUCAAUGCCGAUCGAUGUACGUCUUGUGCUCCUUUCGGUGCAUCUGCGAAAACUGGACGACCGACAUACUGACGCUUCAACACUAUCUUUCCUAUCGUUGAUAUCGGGUUCUCAUCUUGAUGCAGAUCACCCUCGAGACCCUCGUAUCUUUUGUCGUCAUUCUCCUCGCCAUCGCUCUCACAGCCGCCCCAUUGAAGAAUAUCACUUGGGCCAGCGAGAUGCGCACAAAGUGAGUACCAAUCCAGUGUACACGUCCUAUCUAGACAGCAUACUGACCAACCUUGCUCUUCUUUUCUCUGUCAUGUCUUUUCUGUUCAGAUCGAUCGACGAAGUAGACUCGCGUUCCAGCUUUGCAGCACUCACACAUCGAGGUCAGAUUCUCUUCGCGUCGUCAGACUAG